CGCCCAACCGCUUUCAAGUCGAAUGGAACCAUGAAGGCCAACACGACCGGCAUCCAGACCCAACCCAAUUGCGUCUUGGCAGAUCAAGUACAGCUUACGGGUGGUCAAAUUACAGGAAGCGGCGCGGGCUGUCAAUUUAGUGCUACCUCGGCUGCUGCAGGCGUCGACUAUGGCGUAAAUGUGGUCGGGGCAUGCAACUUUGAACAGUCAACCCCACUCCCUGCCCCCGUUAAACCCGUUGCGUUCUGGUUCACCAACCCUGGUGGGAGCCCGUCGUCUGCCGCGGUAGUCUGCACUCCCAAAUUGUCAUUGCACAAUGUUACCAUUACCUUGAAUCUUGCGAAUGGUCAACUUAUCGAUGUGACACCCAUUGGGGACUAUGAUCUUCCAACGAACGUGACAUCUGGACCUCCACUCAACGGUCGAGUGUGGAAUGGGGUCGAGUUCAAUACGACAAAUGCCGACGCCGAUACGCUCCUCCGAGCCAACACGACGCAACUCCAAUUGGCCUCCUCGGUAUUCAACUUGUUGCAAAGGAACACUUAUGACAAGGUGUUGGGAGAUGCGGCUCAAAUUGUCAAUAUUACUGCGACGAGAUAUCAACUCUUCCUCGCCCUCUCCGCUCGUUCAAACUUUUUUGUGACGGAUAAUUCGGGGACGCAUUUACCGGUGGUUAUUAAAGAGAUCCAACAGAGAUUAUGGAUGGAGAGACUGGCAACUCACUUGCUCACUGUUGUAUUGAUCCUUGGUGGUAUUGUGGGUGGCUUGGUACACUACCUGCAUUACAUGGAACGACGAGACCUCAAGCUUUAUGCGGCUCCGGGAUCCAUUGCGGUCGCCGCGUCUGUCACGACCGACUCUCCAGUACACAAUAUGCUUCGUAGCGGAAUGGACGCUAACAAGAUGAGGGACGCGCUGAGUGGCGAGACAUUUGGUGUCGAUAAUACGGGCCGGAUAAUAUUAGCGCGUGAUGUAGAGCCGUGA